UCGCGAACCAGACUCGGCACUCGGCCUUAAUAUUUUCGGAUAUUUUGGACUUAUUCCUGUCUCUAUCCCUGGACUUAAAGGCCACAUAAAGGCCGGUGAGCUGGUUAAUCUCAUCAACCCUCCAAAUCCUAAUGUCCAACGUUGCCUCGCCUCGGUCCAAAAUCUUUCUUUGAUGAUUCCACCAUAUAACCACAGCGUAUCUAGUUUCAGAUCAAUAUUAUUUUGUCUCCAGAGAUCCAUUAACAAAGGUAUCUUGGCAAAGAUAUCUUUGCCACCCAAGUCACAGACCUCUUUCUUGUGCUCUCUGGUCGGCUAUACCGAACAAGGCCAUCAGCUCAACGCCCAUGAGCUGCUCGAUGAAAUACUCAUACCAGACUACAAAUCAUGUAAUAAGAUGAUCAAGAGCUACACUACUGACUACCAGUACCUGGAGGCACUGUCAGUAUUCAGAUGGAUGCAGAAAGCCAGAUUGAGACCAGAUAGCUUCGCACUUGCGGCGGCCGUAAAAUCCUCGGGUACAAUGCAUGACGCUAGACUUGGAGGAAUGCUCCAUGCAUUUGCUGUUAAGGGAGGUUUCUCGACAUUCUUAGCUGUUGAAAAGGCGCUAAUGGAUAUGUAUGCUAGAUUUGACAUGCUGAGUGAUUCUCGUCAGGUUUUCAGGGAGAUGAGUUGGAGAGAUUCUGUCUCUUGGAACGUUCUGUUGUCGGGCUAUGCUCGUGCUCAGCUUUAUGGUGAUGCAAUGGAUUUAUUCCAUGCAAUGCAUGGAUAUGGCGAUGAGGAAGUUAAGCCCACUGCAGUAACCAUGGCAGUCAUUCUUCCCAUUUGUGCAAAAUUAAAAAGUUUGAAGGCAGGGCAAAGCGUCCAUGCUUAUGUUAUCAAGAUGGGAUUGGAUUUAGAUACUCUAGUAGGGAAUGCACUUGUAUCGAUGUACGCGAAGUGCGGUAGUAUCAUUAAUGAUGCCUAUAGGGCAUUCUGUCACAUUGCUUGGAAGGAUGUUAUCUCAUGGAAUUCAAUGAUUGCUGGAUACUGUGAUAAUGGUUUCUUUGGUGAAGCCUUUGAAUUGUUUUGUCGGAUGAUAUUGUCAGGUUUGCAGCCUAAUUAUGCUACGGUUGCUAAUAUUCUUCCCAUCUGUGCAUCUGUGGAAGAUGGGUGGCACUAUGGAAGAGAACUUCAUUGUUAUGCAUUGCGGUGUGGGUUGGAGGUGGAACUUACUGUCUGUAAUGCACUUUUGACUCAUUACUCAAAGGUGGGAGACAUGAAAGCAGUUGAAUCAGUCUUUGGAAAAAUGCAUUCAAGGGAUUUAGUAACAUGGAACACUGUAAUUGCUGGGUAUGCUUUGAAUGGAUGGAUCUCAAGGGCCAUAAAUUUGUUUCAUGAAUUGCUGUCUAACGAAAUAAAACCUGAUUCGAUCACUCUCAUCAGUGUGCUUCCUGUAUAUGCUCAAGCAAAUGAUUUACAAGCGGGCAAGAAGAUCCAUGGUUACAUAUUGCGGCAUCCUUUGCUCUGCCAAGAAACAUCUACAGGAAAUGCACUUAUUAGCUUAUAUGGGAAGUGUGGUGAGCUAGACAAUGCGGUGAAGACUUUUAAGGGGAUUCCAGAGAGAGAUAUAAUAUCAUGGAAUGCGAUGCUUUCAGCUUAUGCUGAUACUGAACAAUUGGAGAAAUUUAUGGACAUGUUGAAUCAAAUGAAUGUUGAAGGAAUUCAACCUGACCCUGUAACUAUUUUAAGUGUGCUUCAGGUAAGUGCUUUCCAUGGCAUAAAAAAGGUUAGAGAAGCCCAUGCUUAUUCCCUUCGAGCUGGCUUCACAAUCCAAAUGACUGUUGGGAAUGCAAUACUUGAUGCAUAUGCAAAGUGUGGGAGCAUUGAUGAUGCAUUCGGAAUGUUCAGGAGCUUGACAGGCAAGAAUGUGGUCACAGGCAAUACGAUGAUCUCUGGCUAUCUGAAGCAUGGUUGUCAGGAGUUUGCUGAGAUGAUCUUUGGCCAGAUGUGUGAGAGAGAUCUAACCACUUGGAAUUUGAUGAUUCAAGUUUAUGCUCAAAAUGAUUGCAUAGACCGUGCUUUUGGUCUUUUUCAUGAGCUGCAGCACAAAGGAAUGAAGCCUGAUAAUGUUGGUAUUAUGAGCAUCGUUGCAGCUUGUGCUCGUCUGGCCUCUGUUCACUUGGUAAGGCAGUGCCAUGGUUACAUAAUCCGUGCUUCUCUUGGAGACAGUUACCUGGAAGGAGCUCUCCUUGACUCAUAUGCAAAAUGUGGAAGCAUAAAUGAUGCUUGCAAACUCUUUCAAACGAGCUAUCAGAAGGACUUGGUCACAUAUACUGCUAUGCUUGGAGGCUAUGCAAUGCAUGGUAUGGCACAAGAGUCACUUGGGGUCUUCUCGCAGAUGCUUGUAUUGGAUAUAAAGCCAGAUCAUGUGAUCAUAACUUCCCUUCUUUCAGCCUGCAGUCAUGCUGGACUGGUAGAUGAAGGGUGGAAGCUAUUCAAAUCCAUCAGUAAGAUUCAUGGGAUUAAACCCACGAUGGAGCACUAUGCCUGUAUGGUGGAUCUUCUUGCUCGACGAGGGUGCUUCAGAGAAGCAUAUAAUUUCAUUAAGGAUAUGCCCUGUGAAGCCAAUGGCAAUUUAUGGGGUACACUGCUUGGAGCCUGUAAGACUUAUGGAGAGGUGGAAGUUGGGCGACUGGUUGCAGAUCAUUUAUUCGAUGUGGACACUGGAAAUAUUGGAAACUAUGUGGUAAUGUCAAACAUUUUUGCUGCAGAUGGGAGGUGGAAUGGUGUUGAGCAGGUCCGUAGACUAAUGAAGGCCAAGGAUCUGAAAAAGCCAGCCGGAUGUAGCUGGAUUGAGGUUGAGAGAAUGAGACAUGCAUUUGUGGCUGGUGAUCUAUCUCAUCCAUUGAGACCUAUCAUUUACAGUACAUUGAGGACUUUGGAUCGACAAAUCAAAGACCCACUGAGUCCAAGGAAAUGAGGAGGGGAAGUCCCAAGCAAAUUGGCGGAUUCGCCUUCAGCAGAAGCCUCUACAUCAAUGUAAGAUUUUGAUAAGAGACCUUAUAACCGAGCCUCUGAGCAAACAAAUGGCAACAAAAAAUAUCUUGUGAUAGGAGUAGAUCAUCGUCCACAAACAUUCUCUAGCCAAAGCAUUACAGCUGAGCUCCUUGGCAAGGUGGGAAGAUUAUGCCUGCAGAACAUCUCGUCAUUUGUUAUGCAGUUUCAUAUGGUGAUAGCCAACCAAGAAACAGUUCCAGAGAAGGUUGUCUUUUGAUAUGGUGGUAACUGAAAUAAACUCUGAAAUCCAAGCCAUCCACAGCACAGAAAAUGGGCAUGUUCUGUUGAUCGAAAACAAACAAAAAUUUCAGAAAGGAAAUGACUCGAACUACAACCAUGCUUUCAGUGCAGUUCCAGACAGCUGAAGACAGUAAUGGAAGCACUUGGGGAAAGCUGAACUUCAACAGCCACAUGUCAAACAAUUUCAAACUCAUCCUAGCCAGCCAAAAUUGAAUUGACCCAGUGCAAUGUAGCUGAUUUUGAUGUCUGAAGAAGCAUAGUGAGAGGUGAUGGAACUAUGACUGCGAUAUAUGGAAUCAAUGUUUAAGAAAGCAAAAUUUUUUUAGCCUGAUUGUAAUAUCAAAGCCUCACUGAGCUAGCUGAUGGCAAUAGCAAGGCAGUGCAGGAUAAUUCAGGAAGAUCAAGCUUCAAUGCAGAUGCUGAAAUUUGAUGGCAAAGAAAUUUUAAACAUGUUUGGUAUGCUGAAAAUAGCAGAGGCAAUUAUUUUAACCCCCCAAAAAGAAGAAACAGGGGUGGUAGACAUAGAAGAAUGGAUAUUGGAAAUUUCUUAUAGCUGAGUUGAUGAACCUUCAAUUAUACAAUUUAAGGCAAUAUGAGCUUGGGGACAGCAGCGAAGACAAAGUAGUUGAUUUCCUUUUUUACUUUUGAUACCUAAACUGAUGCAUUUCAAUUAUACAGGUUGUAGAAAAAUAGGUGAUUGGAAAAUAUGAACUCUAAAACAGAUUGAUACGUUACCUUCUUGACAGCAUUGUAUAAACUCUUCAGCCAUGGUGUUAACUGUUAAGCAUCAUAAAACCAAAGACAACUGACUAAUAGAAAACUAAAACAAUGAGGAAGAAAACUAAAUAGUCUUAUGAAGAAAUCUCAUUAGGUGAAUGCGCUCCCACAACCUCAGCAAAAAGGGUAGUCCCAUACAUCCACUGUAUUUCUCAGAACACACAUAAACCUUCCAUCACACAAUAAGGUACAAACUACAAACCAUAUGUAUGUCAAACAUCUAUUAGUUUCAGAUUGCACAGCUCUCACAACAUAUAAAUCUUUGAAAACUGUAGGCUUUCAUGUACAUUGAAUUCUAUCCAAAGCCCAAAUUUCUGAUUAGUUCCCAUUCCACCACUGAAACCUCCAAACACCACUAAGCAAAAUUUUCAUGAUUGAAGCCAAAUU